GGCCAACACUGGAACACUCUCGCUCAUGUCAUUUUACCGCAAAGUGCUGACCAACUCAAGGGAAACAACAGAGCAAAAUUUACAUUCCGUUCCAGACUUGAAGGUUAUUACUGGCUUAACUGAUGGAAGCCACAAAACGGUUCGGGUUACCUGUGUAGUGUCAUAGUCACGGCCUCCCUGUGGAAUCAAGAUGGCGGACCCCGACGAGACAGUAUUGUCGGAUGUGCAUGUUUAUCUCCCUUUUCAAAGGACAAGACGCGAGAAUUGUGCUGUGACAAGGUUUUACAUCUGUAGUCCAUCAAUGAGUUGUGGUGGUGCCUCCACAACAGCACCAAUUGCUGGCAAGGAGGGGGGGCACACACCAGGUGAUAAACACCUGUCCGUCAUAGAGGGGACUGAUUAUAGACACCUGUCUGUCAUGGAGGGGACUGAUGAUAGACACCUGUCCGUCAUGGGGGUGAUGAAUGAUGCAAGCAAUUCACUGCAUCCAUUUGAUGAUGACGGUGACCUGGUGAUACGCCGCAGAUGUCCCAAACAUUCUGAGUGUUUGGAUGUCAUCACAAUCGAGCACAGCCUUUCAACUGUUCUCAAGGAAGUGGGUUUGCAGGUCUGGAGAGGGGCUCUAUUGUUAUGUGAUUUCCUAAUUCAUAAUGAAAGGUUGUAUUCUGGAUGCACUGCGCUGGAGCUAGGUGCUGGGGUGGGUCUUUGUAGCAUUGUCUUAGCAAGGCUUGCUAAGAGAGUCUUCUGUACAGAUGUUGGUGAUGAUAUCUUGAAAAAUUGUCUGCAAAAUGUUGAGAUAAAUUCUCAUUUGUUCAAGAACAAAUCAGAUACAGAUAAGACUGUAAAAGUGCGUAGACUUGACUGGAUAAGCACCUGUUUGGAGCAAGGUUCAGAUGAAUUCAGCUGGAGUGCAGAAGACAGGGAGGAGAUGGAGUAUAUUAAACUAAUAGUGGCCGCCGAUGUGAUAUAUGAUGAUGACUUGACUGAUGCAUUUUUAUCUCAAAUACUUUGUCUCUUUGCUUCAAACUCAUCCAGAGUUGUUCUCUUGGCACUAGAAAAGAGGCUGAACUUUACUUUGGAGUACUUAGAUGUUGCAUGUCCUGCUUACAUUCACUUCACAGCCAAGUUAAGACACCUUCAACAACAAGGAUUGCUGUUUACCCGUCAGCUUCCCCUGGACUUUCCAAAUUACAUCCAGUAUGACAGGGUCAGGGAACUAGAAUUAUGGGAGAUCAAGCCAAGGUAGCCCAAGUUGGUUCACCUGUGUAUGCUGUGGUCUUGUGAUGGAAUGGUAUGAAGCAAGGUCUGAGAAGAUUUGUGUGUCAUGUGGUCAUAGCCUGUUUAUUGGAUAAAGGUUUCCAUAUAAGGUUUUACCUUCCCAGGGUUAGAACGACCUGUUUAGAGAAUGAUGAGUCCUCAAUGUCAUCCAAGGUCUCUGGCAGAAGCCUUCCUUUGGUCUCGGCCAGGGAUGCUACCGUAGCCAAAAUGAGAGCAAAGCAAACAGCAACAAAGGAAGUGUGCGCUGUGAAUCUCCCAUCAUGACAAUAAAUGGUGCCAAAAUCGCCCCAACUUUGACUGGCAGAGUUGUAUUCAAGUGGGCUGGAAGUUAAUAUAACAGUAAUAGGAUUACUCAAAUAAACCCCCCACUUCAUGAAUAUAACUUUGUAAAUAAAAGAAACUGCAAUCAGAUGCAGGCAGAGUAAGGCCUGAUGACCCUCCCCCCUCCGCCACCAAGCCAAACUUGGAAAGUCCAGACAUUACCUUAUUUGGCUUGCUGCCCAGCCCAGUAGUGCAAGUGCCAAAGCAAAACCUGGACAUAGGUACCAUAGCUGUACAUAGGUACCAUACCUGUACAUAGGUACCAUACCUGUACAUAGGUACCAUACCUGUACAUAGGUGCCGUACCUGUACAUAGGUGCCAUACCUGUACAUAGGUGCCAUACCUGUACAUAGGUGCCAUACCUUUACAUAGGUACCAUACCUGGACAUAGGUACCAUACCUGGACAUAGGUACCAUACCUGUACAUAGGUACCAUACCUGUAUGUAGGUACCAUACCUUUACAUAGGUACCAUACCUGUACAUAGGUGCCAUACCUGUAUGUAGGUACCAUACCUGUACGUAGGUACCAUACCUUUACAUAGGUACCAUACCUGUACAUAGGUGCCAUACCUGUAUGUAGGUACCAUACCUGUACGUAGGUACCAUACCUGUAUGUAGGUACCAUACCUGUACAUAGGUGCCAUACCUGUAUGUAGGUACCAUACCUGUACAUAGGUGCCAUACCUGUACGUAGGUACCAUACCUGUACAUAGGUGCCAUACCUGUAUGUAGGUACCAUACCUGUAAAUAGGUACCAUACCUGGACAUAGGUACCGUACCUUUACAUAGGUACCAUACCUGUACAUAGGUGCCAUACCUUUACAUAGGUACCAUACCUGUAUGUAGGUGCCAUACCUGUAUGUAGGUACCAUACCUGUACGUAGGUACCAUACCUUUACAUAGGUACCAUACCUGUACAUAGGUGCCAUACCUGUAUGUAGGUACCAUACCUUUACAUAGGUACCAUACCUGUACAUAGGUGCCAUACCUGUACGUAGGUACCAUACCUGUACGUAGGUACCAUACCUUUACAUAGGUACCAUACCUGUACAUAGGUGCCAUACCUGUAUGUAGGUACCAUACCUGUACGUAGGUACCAUACCUUUACAUAGGUACCAUACCUGUACGUAGGUACCAUACCUUUACAUAGGUACCAUACCUGUACAUAGGUGCCAUACCUGUACAUAGGUGCCAUACCUUUACAUAGGUACCAUACCUGUACAUAGGUACCAUACCUGUACAUAGGUACCAUACCUGUACAUAGGUGCCAUACCUGUAUGUAGGUACCAUACCUGUACGUAGGUACCAUACCUGUACAUAGGUGCCAUACCUGUACGUAGGUACCAUACCUUUACAUAGGUACCAUACCUGUACAUAGGUGCCAUACCUGUACGUAGGUACCAUACCUGUACAUAGGUACCAUACCUGUACAUAGGUGCCAUACCUGUAUGUAGGUACCAUACCUUUACAUAGGUACCAUACCUGUACAUAGGUGCCAUACCUGUACGUAGGUACCAUACCUUUACAUAGGUACCAUACCUGUAUGUAGGUGCCAUACCUGUAUGUAGGUGCCAUACCUGUACAUAGGUACCAUACCUUUACAUAGGUGCCAUACCUGUAUGUAGGUACCAUACCUGUAUGUAGGUGCCAUACCUGUACAUAGGUACCAUACCUUUACAUAGGUGCCAUACCUGUAUGUAGGUGCCAUACCUGUACAUAGGUACCAUACCUUUACAUAGGUGCCAUACCUGUAUGUAGGUACCAUACCUGUACGUAGGUACCAUACCUGUACAUAGGUACCAUACCUGGACAUAGGUACCAUACCUUUACAUAGGUACCAUACCUUUACAUAGGUACCAUACCUGUACAUAGGUACCAUACCUUUACAUAGGUACCAUACCUUUACAUAGGUACCAUACCUGUACAUAGGUACCAUACCUGUACAUAGGUACCAUACCUGGACAUAGGUACCGUACCUGGACAUAGGUACCAUACCUGUACCUAGGUAACAUACCUGUACAUAGGUACCAUACCUGGACAUAGGUACCAGCAAAUACUGGUGAUAGAGAAAAAAAAAUGAUUACACCACUUCAAAUCCCCCCUCCCCCCUAAAAAAAAACCCUGGGAAUCAAUGUAAGGAAUGGUCACAAUUGGUACCCUGAUGGGGGUGGGGGUGGGGAUGUUGUUGGUGAUUGCAAUAAAUAAAUUUAUGUCUGUCUGUCGCAACCCCAUUUUCCGACCUAAAACAAGUGUGUUCCAAUAUUACACCUUCAGGUAUACUGGAGGAAAAUGUUUAUUGUGCCAGGGAUAAUUGCUCCCUUGAUAGACUUGCUAUCAAUGCACAUAGCACCAUGUCCAAUUAUUACAUUAGACGAUAAUAUCAUGACCAAGGAAGUAUUAGGAAAUAAAAAAAAGAUACGUAAAAAA